CACACUGACCCGGAAGUGCAGCCCCACUUGUAAACACAGCUCAGCUGUGUUGUUACUUUCUAAAGGAUGGUGUACGUGUCUAACGGUCAGGUCCUGGACAGCAGGUCCCAGUCACCAUGGCGACUGUCCUUUCUGGUCGAUCUGUUCUGGGGAGCUGUGGAGUUUUUCGGCCUGUAUUUCAAGACACUGAUUCACCCUGACAUGACAAAAGAUGGAAACUGUGGCUCGUCACGCUUCACUGAUAACAGAGGUCCUCCAGGUCCCCCUGGUGGUAGAAGACGGAUGGGAAGAAUAAACCACGGUGCAGGUCCCACCCCUCCACCCAUGGGUGGAGGAGGAUGAGGAAGGUGA